GUUUAUUCUCCCGAUUUUGAAGUGACGAGUUUGUGAAGGAUCAUGGGGCGGUUAGAACGCGAUUACUACAGGCCGUCUUAAAGUCCUCCGUCGUUUAGCUGGGUUUCCUGUCAGUAUCAGGGUUACACUCAUUAGUUUACAUAAAAUUACACGGAUGGCUCCUUCAAAAUAAAAGCAUUCCGCCCAUCUGGGAUUUAGCGACAAUCCCAUGACGACAUAAUGGUAGUGGAGGUGGAGAGUUUCUUUGGGGUGUACAUGCUUUACUGCACGAAUCCCAGAUUUAAGGGCCGCAUCUACAUCGGCUUCACCGUGAAUCCGGAGCGGCGGAUCGGCCAGCACAACGCCGGGCGACACCGCGGCGGGGCCAAAAGGACCAGCGGAAGAGGACCAUGGGAAAUGGUCCUUGUUAUCCACGGCUUUCCCUCUGACAUCGCUGCUCUCAGGUUUGAAUGGGCGUGGCAGCAUCCACACUCUUCCCGGCGCUUGGGUCACGUCGCCCGGCGCUCCAGAAAAGAGUCCAGCUUGCAGUUCCACUGGCGGGUGGUCUCCAACAUGCUGCGCGCGGCGCCGUGGAACAGGCUGCCGCUGACGGCCCGCUGGCUGAAGCAGGAGUACAGGAUGGACUUUGAACCAGCUCUGCAGCCCCCUCUGCACAUCCCCAUCGCUUUUGGAAGUGUUCGGGCCAAGAAGAAGCAGCAGCUGCAGAUCAGAGCGGAGGACGAGGCCAGCAGCUGCUUCAUCUGCAAAGGACCAGUGGCGGCAUCAGAGAAAGUGAGCUGUUUCCAUGCGUCCUGUGGGAUGAGCAGUCAUUUAAUCUGCCUGGCCAGACAUUUCCUGCAGUCAGAGCCGUCCCAGCUUCUGCCGGUGGAGGGGGCGUGUCCUUCCUGCCGUCGCUCGGUGCUAUGGGGCAGCCUCAUUCGUCAGAAGCACGGUUGCCUGGGAGACCUGGAGGAGAUCGCAGACUUCUCUUCCCCGGACCACUGGGCAGACGAGCUGCAGAUGUAAAGACAUGACGACUACCGUGACUGGUGGAAACUGCACAGAAGUUAUUGUUGUGGAGUGUGAUUUCUGUAUAGAACCUUGACUGUAAAAUUCAAUGAAGUGUCCCUAUUUUUAAUGUAAUAGAUUUAUGUUGAGAAUGUAUUUUUAUGAAUUAUAGUCACACAAAUAAAUUAUUUAAUUGCU